AUGAAAAGAAAUGAAGCACGGAGAUACUCGAAGCCUGAGACAGCAAAACAAAUGCCAUCAUUCUUCGGGAAGAUGGGGCACGACAGAGACUUCACAAAAGACUUUGCAAUGCUAGAGAUACCACUGCGAGAAUGCAUAAGGAAUAGAGACGAAAAGACCGAGAAGAUCGAAUGGAAUAAGACAGCAGAAGAAGUGUAUGCAUUGAUGAGAGAAAGCUUAAGACAAGCAAGAGGACUGAUACUACCGAGCUACAAGAAAGAGUCUAUACUGACAGCAGACGCAAGCGACUGUGGAAUAGGAGAAGUGCUAGAGCAGAGAACGGAGAAGGGAGACAUACCGAUAGCGUGGAAAAGCAGAGCACUGAAGGACGCAGAAAGAAGAUAUGGAAUUACGGAGAAAGAGCUGCUGGCAGUAGUAUGGGGAGUUGAGAAAUUCGAAUACCAGCUAAAAGGAAGACAGUUCCAUGUAGUGACAGAUCACAAGGCGCUAGAAGAAACAAGAAACAAAAGACUUUGGACACGGAAAAGGAAGAAUGCAGAGAUGGAUGGAAAGACUGGGAGAGUUUGA